AUGUCAUCCUCAGAUUCAUAUCUAAGCAAUCCAGAAAUCUUUAUUAUGCCACUACAUCUUAAAAAAAUAAACAAGCUCAUGCCAGUAGGAUACAAGCUUGAUCCAGAUAUUUUGAAGCCAUCUCAUUCAGGCAGUCAAAAGAAAAUCAAAAGCAAGCACCAUAAAGACUCUCAGGCAGUCAAAAAAAAUAAAAAUAAAGAAGAUGCUUCUUCAGAGUGAACAGACAAGUAUCCAGGCUUGAAAACUGGAGGGGCUGCCGCCCAAAGAUGCUAUGAAAUUUUGCAGAACAUGAAGAAGCAAAAUCUCUGUUCUUCAUUUCUCCAGCCAGUAGACCCAGUUGCAUUAAACUUGCCUGACUACCUUGAAGUUAUCCACGAUCCAAUCGAUUUAUCAGCUGUCGAAAGAAAUUUAAAAGCAGGGGUUUACGAAAAUUCGCAGCAAUUUGCAGUUGACAUUAGGAGAAUAUGGCUUAACUCGUUCACUUAUAACUCCUGCAACAGUGAUAUGUUCUACAUUACUCUUGAAAUGGCUACUUAUUUUGAGAAGCAGUUCAAAGAUGCUGAAGACCUCCUCUUUGUCCCUGGGGAUGAGAUCAGAAAAAUGAACCGGGAUAAAUCUAUAAUCAGAAACUAUAUGGACAGACCUAUGACUUUGAAUGAAAAAAAGAUACUCGCAGCUAAUUUGAGAAGACUUGAUAAAGAUGAUACACUUAGAGCGCAACAAAUAAUUUCAAAGGGAAAAACUAACACGCCAAUAGCUCAAUUCAAUAUUGCAAAAUUAUCAACAAGAACUCUAAUUCCUUCUACCUUGGUUAGCGUGCAAGAUAGUUUGUUUCAACAAAAAAAGAGUAAUUUUUUAAAAAUCUUCUAAAAAGCAAAUUUUCGAAUAUUAUAAUAAUUCACAAAACUUAUAUUUACUUUUGAUGCAAGCCAUCUAAAAAUUUAAUAUAAUUCGGUUGUGAUCGCUAUUAUAACGAUUAACAUAUAUUAAAAAUAUUUUAGUUAAAAAUAUUAAAAUGAUUUUAUGCAUUAAAAAGAAUUGAAAUCUUCAAAAAACAUAUAUUUUAAAUGGCUUUGCUUGCCAAUUAAGAAGGAAUAAGAGAACUUGAAAAGCUGGUAAAGCUUUCUUAUCAAGCUGAAAUUCAUAGCAAUAGACACUUAAAAUAUCCAAGAAAGCAAGCUCAUUUGGAUUCAGAAGACUUGGAAGCCCCUGAAAAGCGAGUUAAAAGAGUCCAUUAUAAUAAUGAGAUGGAAUACUAA